AUGAGCGGCAUCGACUACACCGACUGGACCAGCGGCAAGACGUUCGCGGUCGGAGACAAACUACUUUUCAGCUAUGGGAGCCAGUAUCACACGGUGACGGAGGUGAGCAAGAGCGGCUACUACACCUGCUCCGGGAGCGACGCGCUCAGCGACGACACCAGCGGCUGGACCAUCGUCACGCUCACGGCGCCCGGCACGCGCUACUUCAUCUGCAACAUUCCCGGCCUCUGCAGCAGCGGCAUGAAGCUGUCCGUCACCGUUGCCGAGAGCGGCCCCGUGCCGUCGGACGCUACCAGGGGCACCCUGGCUCCGGCAAUGGGCUCUGUGGUCGUCGUUGUGGCCACGGGGGCUCUGGUCACGCUCGCACUGUUCUGA